GAAAUACAGCUGUAUCGCAAAAUCCUAAAUCAACCGCCUCCCAGGAACAAGCGGUAUCCACAGUCCCAUGACCGAUACGAAAAUCCCCAAAAACCUAACCUCCCAAACCGUUUCCCCUCACCCACCCAUAACCCUCACACAUAUAAACCAACGCAAAUCCAACUUCUCUCACAACAAAAUCUCAAACGCUCCACCACACUCCCAACACCAAAACCUUCUCCCCCCUAAACCAAUGGAUCGGAUCAAAGGUCCAUGGAGCCCCGAAGAAGACGAUGCCCUAAAGAAUCUCGUCGAGAGACACGGCCCUCGAAACUGGUCACUCAUCAGCCGUGCUAUCCCCGGCCGGUCUGGUAAAUCGUGCCGCCUUCGUUGGUGUAAUCAGCUUUCUCCUCAAGUUGAGCAUCGGGCUUUUACACCUGAAGAAGAUAGUCUCAUAAUCAGAGCCCAUGCCCAGGUUGGUAACAAAUGGGCCACAAUAGCCCGAUUACUCUCCGGCCGAACUGAUAACGCUAUCAAAAACCACUGGAACUCAACUCUUAAGCGUAAGUGUUCUUCCUUCAUGGCUUCCGACGAUCCAUCCUUUAACCCUCAGCCGCUCAAGCGCUCCGCCAGCGUCGGUGCGCCGGGGAGUCCGUCCGGCUCUGAUUUAAGCGACUCCGGAAAUCACUUCUUCCGUCCUGUUCCGGUUCCGGUUCGAUUACCUAUCGAAACAACAUCGGAACCAGAACAGGAGGAAGAUGACGGUCCUUUAACCUCGCUGUCGCUCUCUCUUCCAGGCGUGGAUACAUCAGAUGCGGUGAACCGUUCUGCGGCGGUGGUGCCGAUUAGUUCUUCUCCUUCUCCGAUAACUGCUGUAACGGCUUCUGUGGCGGCGAAAGUUUCACAAGAAGUUGGAAUCGGAGCGUUGAAUUUGAGUGGAGAAUUUAUGGCGGUUAUGCAGGAGAUGAUAAAGAAUGAAGUGAGGAGUUACAUGGAAGAGCGUAAUGGAAUGUGUUUUCAGGGUGUGGAUAGGCUCAGAAACGUUUCUGCGAAACCAAUUGGGAUUAACAGGGUUGAUUCCUAAUUUGGGUGAUUAGAAUUUAAUUAGAGUUAUUAAUUAAUGUUAAUGUUAACAAAAAAAAAUGGGUUUGAAAAAAAGAAGAAAAAGAGGAAGCUUUAUUUUUCUUUCUUUUUUUAAGCAAAUAAUUUUGGCCAAUGUACAGAGGAGAGAGAAGAGUGAGUUAGUUGAGAAAUGGAAGUUCAUUUACUGAGCAAUGGCAAAUCUGUAAUUUCUCUCUUGUUCGGUUUGGUUGGAAAAGAAAAAGAGGGUUUAGAUGGGAAGAAAAUGGAAUAUCCUCAAAAAUUUCUUAUUUGAGUUUAA